AUGAAGGACGACGCAUGCGCAACGCAUAGUCGACUGCCUCUUGCUCCCCCUGACAAGAAGCCGAAGAAGUGUCGUGCACGGGAAUAUGGAAGCCGCGAAACUGGUCGCCAAACCUUUGCCUCCCGCGAACCCCCUCGACGAGGAACUCGCUGCUUCUCUGCGGGUUGGGGCGAAGAGACGAUUCGUUCUCGUCGACUUUCGAAACUCGCACGGACAGUAGAAGGGCAGCGAGACGCAGGCAGCGAGGGCAGGGAAGAGUCGCGUGGGAGACCGGGUUGUCAGGGAGUCGCGGAGGCGAGGCAAGGAGAAAACGUGGAGGCAGACGUUCCUCGGAGGAAUCUUCACAGACUUGCAAGGGAGGUUCGGCGAACACGAGGGCAACGGGCAAAUACCGACGAGAGCGGAGGAAAGCAAGAGACCGAGGAAUCAGAAUUUCGCAGUCACUCACUUCCUUCGGGGUCUCUGUCAGCGGUGACUCGGCUGUCUGCCAGCCGUCUGCAGGCGAGAACCUCGGAUGGAAAGUCAACCGCUUCGAUGAAAACUACCAAAAUAGGAGGAAGGGAGAAUACGCCUGGAGAACCAAUUCGCCGCUCUGCGUCGGGUCGCCUGUUGCGCGCGUCUGCCUCUGUGUCGCUGUCUUGUGUCUCCGCUGGGGUAUCUCCGGCUCUCUCGUUCUCCUACCCGCUGCUUCCCGCCCUGUGCACGCCGAGGGCCCAGUCGCGAUCGAGCUGCGGAGACAAACCGAGUCCGCAUAAGCUCUUUCGUGCUCGCCGUCUCAUCUCGCUCUCGCCUCGAGCUAGCGACCAGGGGAGUCGCGCGGCAAAGGUGGCACCUAGUGGCGAGGCGUCUCCCAGCGCUCCCCGUCGUUCUUCUCUCCGCUCGUCUGUCUCCCGGUUGCAGGACCAAGCGAGAAAGAAGGCGAAGGACAGGAAGAAGUCUCUUCCCGGCUCCACGAUUUGUCCGAGACCCCUUGCUACGACUGAGAAGAAGGACGGCGCAGGAGCGAGGUCGCUUGAAGCGCUUCCGCGGAAGUUGAGAACGAGACCUUCUUCGAUUACCACAGAACAGUCUUCUUCUGCGGAACGUGCACAAAACAGAAAAGGCAACACAUGCAAAGUACCACAUUUACAUGACUCAAAUGCCUCUCGAAACGGUCGACACACACUGGCUGGUUCCUCGUCGUACUCGUCUUGUUCAGCGUCGGCCCGACCCCGGCGGCAAUCUACUGGAGUUUCGCGAGCCGACGAAGAGAGCAAGGGGAAGAGGGAGAAGCGUGGAAAAGCCGAGCUGGGUGCGAAGCCAGGCUGUAGUCAGAACGGAGAGAAAGAAAAGGAAAGCAAACGCAAGAACCCUCGGGAGGGAGGCGAGAUCCUGAGUCCUCGUUUGCCUUCAGGUCAUCGUCAGCCGCAAGCCCCACGGCGGGACGGUCGUCCCCAGCGUCAGUUACGCAGCCAUGAUACCAAGCACGAAAAUCCAACUCCCAUUUCCACACGGGAUCCGACUUUCCCCUCUGUCCUUCCCAGCCUCACUGCACUUGCCGCUGCGUCCGUGGCGUCCCAAACUGUCUCCCUUCCGCCUGCCGUCGGCGUCUCGGAGACUGAGCGAAGGGCUGCGUCGCCCGGGGCUAGGACCCAGGCGCUCGGAAACCGAUCAGACACGUUUAUCACUCUCGAUGCUGGAGUUACGACGGGCAGAAGCCUCACUGCAUCUUUUCAAGCAGACAGCAAAGGUGUCUUGCCAGUGGUUCGCAAACCCGUGCAGGCAGUGCCGUCUCCACAGCCGCAGAUGCCCAGUGCGGGAUGGGAGUCGGCUUCGCUGGCUGCUCACCAGACACUUCAUGGCCCUGAGUCCCUUUCGGAAAGAAGAGAUAUACCUGGAGGCCCUUGGUCUGAGAGGGCAGGCAGCGGAGACCUGAAAUCGAGGAUAGUGGAUCUUCCUCUGCUGCGUGGAACCGGUGGGCCUUCGCCGAUAGCUUCCCAUCCUCUUGCGGGUUCUUUUUUAGCGGAGAUGCGUCUUCAGAUGCAGCUGAAACAGCAGCAGGCUCAGCAGCUUCUAUCGUCGGCUCUGGGUUCCUCGCUGCUGUCCUUUCCAGCUUCGUUCCAGCUGUCGCCGUCUGUGGAUUUUUCGUCUGCACUGUGUCCUACGGCACCCCACACGGGGCUCGAUCAAACUGGAGAGGGACACACGGCCUCACAAAGAGUGCUUCCGUCUUGUUUGGGUGCGUCAGUUGUGUCCGAAGCUGUUCCCUCGGAGUUUCCUCUGCUCACGCAUGCAGGCCGCAGCCACACCGCUUGGCCGCCAGCGGUGUUCGGACCCGUGUCGAUGCCUGUAUCUCUGGGUCCUGAGGCGAACGAGAGCUUGCUCUCACCGUCUCCAUUUCAUGGCGCGGAUACUGGAGGCGACUAUCCGCCGGUCAAGGGCCUAUCCUUCGCGCCGAAAGGAACACCUGUCUCUUUGCGAGGACAGACGUUUCGAGCGAAAGACGAUCUCUGGGUAGUAUCCUUCGUUCCAAAACGGCGACGACUCGAGGGGUCUCGACGUCAGUGUCAACGCAGACGGGCCUCGUGCCUUUCGUCUUCGGUGUCUCUCUCUUCUUUGUCGUCGUCACCCGACUCCAUUUCCGGUAACCGGAUCUUGGGGAAUGGAGGCCGGGGUGGUGAGACACAGCGGAAGAGCCGAGAGGACGCGCAGGAUGUCUCGCGAGGUCGAUGCCCAAAGCAGACAGGUGCGAAGGAGACAGAUGUGAAUUCCUCAAAGACAACACAUGUGGACUCCACAAAGGAGACAGCAGACGAUUCCGUAAGGGAGACGGGUGGAGCGCGACAGAAUGGUGAGACGCUGCGCAGCUCCCAAAGGUUGCGGCAGGGAACAGAGGGAUUUCUGAAAGAAAACGAGAAGAGCAAAACUGAGCCCACGGAGACAAGUGGGUCUGAUGAUUACCUAGGGAACUUAGCACCCGGAGCGGUGGAAGGGGGAAAUGAAAAAUCCCGGACGAGCGAAGCAUGGCAUAACACCGAGGAGAGCAAUAAGAACGAAACGUCAACUUCAUUUUCGGCGCACGGUGCGGCAAGCGUUGACGGAACCGCCGGCGUAGAGAGAGACAGAGUAAACGCGGCAGAUGGACAAGGUGGGGCGGAAGAAAAUGAGGAGGAAGAACAGUGUUGGCAAACAUUUGGAGUGCAAGAGUACGGCGGCGAAGAGACUGCUCGCGAAGCCGCUCUUCUGUUCAUGUUGAAGUUCAGUAGAGACGGAGUCGUCGUCCUCGAUGGUCUCACACAGGAUAAUGUGGAGGCUUUGAGCCACCCCACGGAGUCCACCGAUGAGGAGGAUUGGGAGGACGAAGAGCAUGAGGAAAACGGGGAAGUUGUAGACACGGAAGAGGAGGCAAGGGCGGAAGGACGGGUGGAGGCGGAGCUUGUCAUGAAGAGCGAUGGAAACGAGGAGGCAGCUGCUGAAGACCGGGGAGCCGCGCGUACAGGGAAAGCGACGAAGAGAAGGGAAACAAGGAGGUCUGUAGGGAACAACAGAGAAAGCCGGGAUUUCUGGUCAGAGUGGAUCUUCGAUGACCGCGGGUUGUCUCGGCGAAUUCUCGGCUCGUACACAACUCCGAUUUCGGGGCUGUCUGAGGAGUCGCGCUUUUGUGCCCUUCCCCAACAAGGACUUUGUGGAGACGUCGCACUCCCAGGCAGGAAACGAGGGCGACCAAGGAAGGGCAAACACCGCUCCUCGUCUGUAAUUGUGGUCAAGAAAGGGAGACGUUCCUGGAACCGCGGAUCUUCGUUGCCAUUUGCCACGCUUGCUCGAGGCGCGAGUCGACCCGCCUGUCUCCGCACUCGCCCUCUAGCGGCGCCUCGCAGGGGAUCUGCGGCCGUUGCUGGGGAUCAGGCGCUUCAUCGAAAGCGACGCAAACUGUUGACGCUGUCGCUCGUGGCCGCGGUUUCCGAGGCAGGCUGCGGAAGGAGCGACGCAUGCGCACGCGACGCAAGAGAGGUCGAGGGGCGCCUCUCCUCCACCGAGGAGGAGAAUCCACUAAAGGUUUUCAGGGAUAGGCUGUACGCGGUGCUGGGCAGAGACGUUGAAGACACCGGAAGGCGGGUCGAUACCAGAGAAGUAGUGAAAGGCCAAGUUUCCGGCGCCAACACAAGGGUCGGAGAGCUUCUCUGUCGCAACCACCUGAUGACGGGCAGCUUCGUCCCAACAGGAGAUGGGUGGCUUCUCGACAGCGUCGACGACCUCGAAAGAGAACCUUUCUCAGCCGAACCCCUCUCCUCGGCGUGGUAUUUGAUGCAAGUGAAGCUGCAUGCGCUGAAUCUCUCUCCCCAACAACCGCUGAGUGUGCGUGGGGCGCAGGACCUCUUGGACUCGCACGACGCUUGCUACUUCCACAGUCCGUAUUCGCAGGGAAAUUUUCUUCAUCGUCUUCACAGUCGCUUCGCUUCUGAAGCUAGCGCACCUGCACCGCAGCCUGUCGGGUCGCCUUCAAUCCAUGUCCAGCUCCCGCCUUCCAGCCUCGAUUCGCUUUCCGUCUCGCAUCUGCUACCCGGGAGCCCAUUUUUCGAUAGCCAGCCACCUGGGCGGUUUUCUCAACUCGCGCAGAUGAGUGGAAGUCUAGGUGGACGUUCCGCGAAUGCGGCGGAAAGGGUGUUCCCUUUUAACUCUCUGUCAGGGCCGUCCGUGUCUUGCGUACCUCCUGUAUCUGCCCAGACAAUACCUCUUUCCUUCUUAGCAUCAAAAUCAGUCCGCGGUGGUGCCCCGGGUUUCCCUACUUCGUUUCCGUCUCCUUUAGCUCCUGGGGGGACCACAGAGCUUAGCGCACCGGCAACUGUUGUCGCCUCUGCGCACGCAUCCCACGGGUUUCUGGCACCGAUGACAACUCCUCAUUCACUGAUGGAGAAGUUAGCUCAGGUGCAUCUGGAGUCGCCUGUGCAAACGAAGGUCGAUUUCUCUGCCGUUACGGAUCUUCGCGCGUCUGGAAAGUCGCCAGAAAACCCGGGCGCCGCGGCGCUCAUACCCGAACCUGUUGGACCUUCCUUCCCUUUUUCUGCUGUCACUCGGGAGCUCUUGGCUCGACUCCUGCUGCAGCGGAGGCAGGGUGGGGGCGCGCAAGUGCUCGUAGGAGCGGAGGAGAGAGAGGCAUCUUUGGUAUCUUCUCCAUCUGCGGUACAGCGGGAGAAGAGAACGGGCGAAGCUUCUCCCACACAGUGGCAAGAGACGUCCGAGCGCUUCAAGAUUGACGGCAUGAAAACCGGGAAAGAAUCGCGGCUUUGUCAGUCGAGUGGGAGGCCGCUGGACGUUUCAUGUCCGUCUCAACAGGAGGCGAAUCGGAGGGAGAGCACUUCGUGUGUGCGCGUUCCGGCGAUUUACGAGCACGGAGGCCGUGUAGAGCCGUCGUCCAGGGAGAAAAGACAGGUUCCGGAAGAACCGCUCGGAUCUCAGGAGUCGGGGCAAAACUCGUUCGUCGCUUUCUCUGUUCCGUCGGGUGUCUCAAAGGGAACGCUUCACCACGUACCUCGGCCGGCGGCUUUGAAGAACAUGAGACAGGCCCAGGGAGACGAGGGGUGUCAGCCGGAUUCGGAGCGCCUCAGCUACACGGAGACGGCGCACAUGCAGUUGCCUCAGUCAGACGAAGCGCAGAAGACAGGGGGAUUGGCGGAAGAGGCUGGGAGUUCGGGGCAUGUUGGGUCAGGGAGAAAGAAAAGAGGUGGGGAGAUGCGGAAGGCAGUACGGCAGGCGACGGAGGAAGACCAGCUGCGCUCAGAGUUGAUGGCAAAGCAGAGGGAGUUGAUUGCUCAGUCGCAGUUGCUGGAGCGAGAGAAGGUUUUGUUUUCAGUGGAGCAGGGCAACUGGCCUGAGAAGCGGAAGGAGAGGUUCCAGGCGCACCUCAUAGAGAAACAACGCGAGCUGCUUCAGUCCAUUGAGAGGCAGAAGGAACGUCUGUUGCAGACUCAGCUGGCAGAGAAACAGAAAAGAAAUCUGCGUCUUGCUCAGGCGGAGACAGACAUGCGGACAGGAGAGCCGGUCCCCAACUCGCAUGCAGAAAAUCAGGACAACGCGACUUGUGGGCGAGGCUCUUCUCCACAAGGGCGAAGGGGCGGGCGGCGCCUGACGUCGUUGGGCCUGUGGGCGAUCCAGAGCGAGGUCAAAUCUGGCCAACCUCAGAUGAAGGAAAACGUUAGGGAAGGGGUAGAUCUUGACGCACGGCCUCAGGCAAAGAAAGGGGAAUUUCUUCAUUUCAGCGGUUCAGUGUGUGCCACAGCGAAGCGAGGUGACGGCACUCUGCUUCAGUCCGAAGAAAUGAAAGAAAGAUGCGAAAGCUGUAAGGUGUUUGUUAAUCAGAAAAAUGCGCCGUUGGAAGCCGAGGGACAACCGAUAGUGGGAAAUCUUGACUCGAACGCGAAACAGUCCACAAUUUGUCUUCUGCAGUCUCGGACCACAGAAACGAAGGGGAAAGCUGCGGAGCUCAAGGCGCAGCUGAGAGAGAAGGAAACGGAGCUUGAGCUGGUCUCCGCAUGCACGCAAAAAUCCAAGGAGAAGUGCAGACCGAGCGCCAAGCUAGACACAGACUUGGCCCAGCCUUGUGGUGGCCGCGUUCUGUGGGAAAAGCCUACAGAGAACAGAGCGACCGGCGAGUCGACAGACUGCAAGGUGAGAGAGGAGAACUUUCCUUUUCAGUUAAUAAGCAUGGAGACACCUCAGGGUUUUGAGCUCCAGAGAAAGGUGUUGCAUGGCGCUCAAGAAGACCAGGAACAACCGAAUGAAAUGGCGAUGCAGGCCGCUCUAAUGUCACCCACUGAAACACACCAGAGAACAGACAGUUUGGUUUCUCCUGCUGGAAGGCUGCCGUCAGCGACAGAACGACAGACAGCCUCGGUGGUCGGCGAGAAGGGUCCAUGA